AUGAACCCAAUAUGGUUACCCGAUUCCGCGUCAAAUCAUGAUUCGGAGGUUCGAAAGCGUUUGUUAGAUUCAUUUGACAAGGCGACUAAAAACUAUUAUAAGGGUGCUAGUGCGGCUAAAUCUCGAGAAGUUAUAUUACAAGUAUGGGUUCUGUUUAAUAAGCUGGAAGGUAUCGAGCGCGUCAAAGGGGGUACUCGGCAGGAUAGUUCGUUGAUGCAGCGUGUCAACAUCCAGCUAUAUGAGGUGGGCAUGGGUCUAGAUAGGGCUGUAGAACAUACAACACGGUCUAUAAUGUCGUCUCGUCGCGAGACAGUUAGAGUCAGGGCAGCCGCCAAUGCUUCCGGUCCCAUCAAACUUGAUUUUAUAUCAGAAACAUAUGAACUAUUGGUGAAAAGCAAGGCAGUAGAUUAG